UCCUUAAAAACAUAUCCUUAGGUUGAUUAUUUUAUUUAUCUUUUUAUUUGUAGGAUACAUUAUUUAAUGAAAAAUCCAUGCUCACGAAGUAAAAAUGGCAGGCUUCCUAGAUAAUUUCCGAUGGCCAGAAUGUGAAUGUAUUGACUGGAGUGAGAGGAGAAAUGCUGUAGCUUCUGUGGUUGCAGGCAUAUUGUUUUUUACAGGUUGGUGGAUCAUGAUUGAUGCAGCAGUGGUGUAUCCUAAGCCAGAACAGUUGAACCAUGCUUUUCACACCUGUGGUGUAUUCUCCACAUUGGCUUUCUUCAUGAUCAAUGCUGUGUCCAAUGCACAGGUGAGAGGUGACAGCUAUGAAAGCGGCUGUUUAGGAAGAACAGGGGCACGAGUUUGGCUCUUCAUUGGUUUCAUGUUGAUGUUUGGGUCACUUAUUGCUUCCAUGUGGAUUCUUUUUGGUGCUUAUGUUACCCAAAAUAUCGAUGUUUACCCAGGACUAGCUGUGUUUUUUCAAAAUGCUCUUAUAUUUUUUAGUACUCUGAUCUACAAAUUUGGAAGAACUGAAGAGCUCUGGAGCUGAGAUCACUUCUUAAAUCACAUUUUCCUUUUGUUAUAUUCUAUUUGUAGAUAAGUUUUUAUUCCUCAGUAUAAUUUACACAUUGCCAAAUGGAAUAGAUUGUAAAUUAAACGUCUUGUUUCUUUACAUUUUUAUGCCCUGCAUUUUGAAAUAGUUUUGUGAAAUUUCUGUCUUUCUUCAUUGACUAGAUUGUUCAUAUGUACAUAAUAUAUAAGUAUGUAGAUUGGAUGAUGAGUAUCAGUGUUUUAUUCCCAAGACUUAGAACUUGCUCUGUUCCCUGAGCUUGGGUUAUGCCAUCAUGGUGUGUUAGAGGGAAAUACUCUGCCUCAGUAUCUGUGUGUCUGAAGAUGUAAGAAGUACAGCUCCGUCUACCUGGAAUAAGCACUGAGCCACUAAAGAAAGCAUUUCUGCAAGUUGUAAUUUGUUUUGGCUUAAAGUGAGAUUUUUUUUAAAGGAAAAGUGUUUGUUCUUAUGUAUUAAAGAAGUGGACUUUUAUAUGAAGAUUUUUUUAAAUGCCCAAAGGGCUAGUUUGAAAGCCUCUUUUAAAAAGAAUUCCUCUGAUCUGUCUUUAUUUGAGAAGGGAUAACACAUGGUGGGACAAACUCAGUGUUUAUGGUUAAUGUAAAAAGGCCGCACGGCAGCUCAGCACUGCGCUUCCCAGGACAGCCGCUUCAGCACACUCCUGGGUUGUCUGUCUUGGUGGCCUGCCACGUCUAGCAUUAUAUAACUCCAUAGCAGGAGCAUGAACCACAGAACAAAAAGUGGAAUCAUUAGUUUAAAGACAAAACACUUCCAGAAGUAAAUUAUUAUGACCUAGUGAAAAAUUAGUCAUUUCAUUACUUAGGUCCUGACUGCAAGUCUCUUUUCGCUCUAGCUGUGCCGCUGUGGGUGAACAGUUGCUGCAAAAUAUAUCUUCGCCUAAAAGUUCACAGCCCAACCCAAAACUGCCCUCACUGAGUCUGAACACUGCAUUUGCACCAUGUGUAUUCCUGUGGGCCUUUAUUGCCACUUUUGCUUCCCCUUAUCAGUCACAAGGAUUUUAAGUUGUACUUCUUCCCCUAGAGGGAUUUUCUAGAGUCUUAUGUGGUAACAGAACAAUGUCAGGGGUAGCAUAUGCAACUUCUAAUGCAAGCCUUACUUUGCAAAACUUCCCUCUCCUCUCAGAGUACUUAGUGUGCACAGAGUGUGAACGGCUGCGGAGUGCUGUGCCUGUGUAGAUACAUCUCGCUUCGUCACUUCUUGUCAUUUUGUCAUCGGAAUGUUAGCAAGCUUUGUGUCGCUUCCAGCAAAUUAUAAGAUUAAUUACUUGUUUCUGCUCUUAUAACUUAUUGCAAUAAAUAUUACUUCUCACACAUUCUAGUAUUGUUAAGUGUGUUGGGGAAAAUGAACCAUCAAAAUUGUUUUCCUAUCACUUUUCAAUUACGCAAGUAUACCUGAUCAAAGAAGCAGUUCAUCCUUAUAAAAUAAGGCAGAAAUAAUUUAUUCAGACUAUAAGAUGCUAGUAUGAAGGUUUAUGAAGGGCAUCCCUGAUGACCGACUGAAAAUAGUGAUUUCUUUCUGUUCUUGACUCUCAUGAAUUUUUUAAUUGUAAGCAAAUAAAUUAAUUUCCUGCUUAUUUUCCCAUGAGAAAAGAGAUGAUGUUAUUAUACUCUCUUACAGAUAAUGUUAAUCAUUAAAAAAUACAUGAUUCCCUUAAUAAACAUUUCACUGUAAAACAGGCUCAUGGCUAGUGGAUCUGAGUGACUUUUGUUUGUGUGUGGACCAGUAUUACCAGAGCAUUCUGUUGUAUGAUUCUAAGAUCCUUGAAGUCCUUGCAUUGUUCCCAGUGAUGUAAAAACACAGGCUGGAUUUUUCCAUUAUAUGUGUUUUUUCUCAUUAGACAUUGAAAUGCAUCAAUAUGAGGACAUAAAGAAUGAUAAUAUCAAACCACUUACCUUGGUCACUUGAACAAGGACCCCAUGAGUUUUGACACAGAUGCAUGGAACUCAUGUUCUCUACAUUUUUCUCUGAUAGAAGGGUUCUAGUUGUAAUAGAAGCUCAGGAGCAUUUUGUUUUCAUUGUUCCUUUUUAGAUUUAAUUAUUUUAUAUCAAAGAAUCUCUGCUAGUCUCACAUAUUUCCCUUCCCUGUACUUUCCUGUGAGCAAUAUUUUUAUUCUGAUGCAAGUUUGGGGUUGCUUUUGGACAUUUUAAUUUCAGGUGACAAACUGUUAGGCCCUGAAGGGAAAACAUCUUCUGAGGGUUAAUUUUAUUUUUCUGUAAACAGUUAAUAACGCUUUGUUAAAAAAUGC